GUGUUUAUUAUUACAUCCACUCAUAGUGAAUCAGACGCUUAUACAAAAUAUAGUGCCAAAAAUGGCUGGCCAAUACACUCCGAUUGUCAGAAAACUCAUGGAUUUGUUCGGUCGUAGAAAAGUUCAAGAUGGUUUAAGGAUUCAUGCUGACAUUUCUGCCAGGUCCCAGCCCCCUCCCUCUCUGCCAGAUGGGCCCUCUCACAAGCUAGCGGCCAAUUACUACAUGAAACGAGAUGGUAGACGAGAAGCAACACCCCCAAAGGUUGUCUACAGUAAUACACAAGAAUUUUUAACAUCGGGAUCCAAACCUGUAACUAGAGAAACACCAAAAUUUCGAACGCCUGGCAAAUUGGAGGACUAUGGACACAGGUUUUAGCCGACAAAUGUAUUUCAGAUUAUAAAAAUUCAACAUCUAAAACUAAGUGAAAAGUGUUACAAACUAUAUAUACAAUGUUUUGAAUUGUUAAAUAGGAGUUUUGGAUUGUUUUAUGGAGCUCUAAAACAGUUGAUUUUCACUGACAUUUGGAAAACAUUGUAAGUUAUUAUAAAAAUAAAAUGUGUAAGCCGU